ACCCCCGGCAGCCAGCUGGAACCUUCGUUGUAAACUUGUACUUUUUGCGAAAUAUUGGCAAAUUGCAAUGUUCAAGCGACUAAAAUAGCCGAAAAUCGAAAUGGAAGUAGAGCAGACGUCGAUAAGAUCGGACACGAACUCCACCUGCGAGUACCUGGACGCAGAGGGCGAACCGGAGUCGCCGAGUCUCUAUCAGGAGGCGGAUCCCGACCAGGAGGCGGAGCAGCAGAACCAUAGUAUUAUCUCGGAGCUGAGGGAUGGCCUGGCCAAUGCACGGGACACCAGUGCGCUCAGUCCGGAGCCUAUGCAGGAGACCAAAGGCCUGGCUGCCUCCGUGGAGUCCCUCGCACUGAGCACCUCGACCAGCGCCAAAACAGAGGAUUCCAUAGGAGGAUUAGAGGAGGAGUACGACUACCAGCAUGAUAGCCUGUGGCAGGGCCAAAAGAAGCACAUCUUCAUACUCAGCGAGGCGGGAAAACCGAUAUUUUCGCUGCACGGCAACGAGGAUAAGCUGGCCACGCUUUUCGGCGUCAUCCAGGCGCUGGUGAGCUUCGUCCAGAUGGGCCAGGAUGCCAUUACUUCCAUACAUGCGGCCGGCAUCAAGUUCGCCUUCAUGCAGCGCAGCGCGCUCAUCCUGGUGGCGGCCACGAGGAGCAAUAUGAGUGUCCAGCAGCUGCAACUCCAGCUGGGAGAUGUGUACAAUCAAAUACUCUCCAUAUUGACGUACUCUCACAUGACCAAGAUCUUCGAGCGACGCAAAAACUUCGAUCUGAGGAGACUGCUCUCGGGCAGCGAGCGUUUGUUCUACAACCUGCUGGCAAAUGAUAGCAGUAGUGCGAAGGUGUCCAACAACAUCUUCACCUUUCUGACCAACUCAAUACGCGUCUUCCCCUUGUCCACUGCGAUACGCUCGCAAAUUACCGGCGCCAUUCAGAGCAAUUGCUCGAAGAUCAAGAAUCUGGUGUUUGCAGUGCUGAUAGCCAAUAACAAGUUGAUAGCUUUGGUGCGCAUGAAGAAGUACUCCAUUCAUCCCGCCGAUCUGCGACUAAUCUUCAACCUGGUCGAGUGUUCCGAGUCGUUUAAAAGCUCAGAGAACUGGUCGCCCAUCUGCCUGCCCAAGUUCGAUAUGAAUGGGUAUCUGCAUGCGCAUGUUUCCUACCUGGCGGAUGAUUGUCAGGCCUGUUUGCUUCUGCUGUCAGUGGAUCGAGAUGCCUUUUUCACGCUGGCCGAGGCCAAGGCGAAGAUUACGGAAAAGCUGCGUAAAGCCAACUGCUUAAAGGCCAUCAACGAGGAGCUGCAGCAGCCGUUCAAUGCGAAGCUGUACCAGCAGGUUGUGGAAAUCCCCGAGCUGCGACACUUUUUGUACAAGCCGAAGAGCACGGCUCAAUUGCUGUGUCCCAUGCUCAGGCAUCCGUACAAGUCUGUCGGAGAACUGGAGCGUUUGGAGGCCAUCUACUGCGACCUGCUGCACCGCAUCCACAGCAACUCGCGGCCGCUGAAGCUCAUCUACGAGGUGAAGGAGCGCGAGGUGGUGCUGGCCUGGGCCACCGGCACCUACGAACUGUACGCCGUUUUCGAACCGGUCGUGGACAAGGCCACGGUGAUCAAGUACGUGGACAAGCUGAUCAAGUGGAUCGAGAAGGAGUACGACGUGUACUUCAUACGCAACCAUGCCACAUUCUAAGCUGUAGCGAGCAUUUCUAGGGAAUUGUGAGAUAUAUAUGACUAUUUUUAUAUUGCCCUGCUGCCAACCAAUCGAGGACAAAGCUGUUGUGUUGCAGUUGUGACGGCGUCUAUUUAACUGAUCCUUGUAUACCAUAAUUACGCAUGUACAUUUGUAAUUUAAAGCUCUAAGUAAAUUCUAAAGCUGGA